UAAAGAAUGUCUGCAGGUCUGGAGCUCAUAGGCAUUGUGCUAUGUAUACUUGGCUGGCUACUGGCCAUUGUGGCUUGCGCCCUCCCGAUGUGGAGGGUCACGGCGUUCAUCGGCUCCAACAUCGUUACGGCCCAGAUCAUCUGGGACGGCCUGUGGAUGUCUUGUGUUGUGCAGAGUACGGGGCAGAUGCAGUGUAAGGUUUACGACUCCAUGCUGGCUCUCUCCCAGGACCUCCAGGCUGCCCGAGCAUUGACCGUUAUCUCGAUCCUCCUCGUCGUACUUGCGGUGCUGGUGUCCAUCGCAGGAGCCAAGUGCACCAACUGCAUCGAGGACGAGUCUUCCAAGGCCAAAGUCAUGAUCAUCGCUGGGGUGCUGUUUAUUGUAGCAGGAGUCAUGCAGCUUAUUCCAGUCUCCUGGUCAGCCAACAGCAUCAUCAGGGACUUCUAUAAUCCAAUGUUGUCCGACGCCCAGAGGAGGGAGCUUGGGGCAGCAUUGUACAUUGGCUGGGCAGCAGCUGCUCUCUUACUUUUGGGGGGAUCUUUGCUCUGCUGCACCUGUCCACCUCAAGAGAAGAAAUACAACCCGUCAAGGAUGGCUUACUCUGCCCCACGCUCCACGGCAGCGGGUGGUGGAGGGGGAGGCGGAUACGACAGAAGAGACUACGUUUGA